AUGGAUAGCAUUCAAAUGAAUUUCUGGUGGGGCAAAAAAGAAAAUGAGAAAGGGUGUUACACAAAAGGAUGGGGUGAUAUAGCACUUCCUAAGGAAUUAGGUGGUCUUAACAUAAGGAGAACUGAUGUCCUGAACAUGGCCUUUCUGACUAAGCUAGCUUGGAGACUUGUAGAAAAUCCAGAUGAACCUUGGGCCAUUAUUCUUAAAGAAAAAUACUUUGCUAAUCUUAAUAUGCUAAACGAUAGUAUAAGCAAUAAUGGUUCCUGGAUGCUUGAGGAGUGGAUCAGGUCAAGAGUAAAUCUUUCUACUCAAAACCAUCCCACUAGCAGAACUACUCAUUCUUGGUUACCACCAGGAAAUGGCAUUCUAAAAAUAAAUUUUGAUGCGUCUCAUAUUGAUAAAAAUACCCUAUCUGGAUGGGGACUAAUUUGUAGAAAUGAUGCAGGAAUCACCUAUGGAUUGCGAGGAGUUGUUAAGUGGACAACAAAUAAUUUCAUUACUGAUGCUUUAUCAAUUCUCAAAACUUUAGAAUUUUGGGUGUGCUCUUAUGCACAUAGGGAUGCAAACCAUCUGGCUGAUUCUUUGGCCAAGUUUGCAAGGUCCCAAUUUUUAUGUUUCAGAUGGUUUAAUAAUGCUCCAGAUUGGGUUCAAACUUUAAUCCAGCAAGACAUGAACAAUGUGUAA